AUGGGAUCCAUCCCAUUUUGCGCCCUUCUUUGCUGCUUUACUAGCAUAGUAACAGCCAAUAUAUUUGAGUAUCAGACAGAUUCCCAACCACUGCGUCCAUGCGAACUUCAGAGGGAAAAGGCUUUUUCAGCAGGAGAAGCCUACGUUCCUCAGUGCUCAGAAGAUGGCCAGUUCAGGACAGUCCAGUGCAGUAGGAAUGGUCUCUCCUGUUGGUGUGUGGAUGAGAAUGGUGUUGAGGUACCUGGCAGCAGACAGAGUGGAUAUCCUAUAUCUUGCUUGUCCUUUUGCCAGCUGCAAAAGCAGAGGAUCUUGGUGAGUCGAUACAUCAACAGCAGCAGUAUCUCCUACAUCCCUCAGUGCCUGGAUUCAGGGGCUUUUGAUGAGGUGCAGUGUGACAUGGAGCUGGGGCAGUGCUGGUGUGUAGAUCCAGAAGGGAUGGAGAUUUAUGGCACCAGGCAAAGAGGAAAGCCAGCACGGUGUCCAGGGAACUGUGAGAUCCGAGACCGUCGCAUUCUGCAUGGGUUUGGGGAGAAGAGCCCCCCACAGUGCUCAGCAGAUGGAGAGUUUCUGCCUGUCCAGUGCAAGUUUGUCAAUACAACAGACAUGAUGUUUUUUGAUCUUGUUCAUAGUUACAACAGGUUCCCGAGGGCUUUCCAGGCAUUCAGCUCCUUGCGGGAGAAGUUCCCGGAGAUCUCUGGGUACUGUCACUGUGUGGACAGCCUGGGGAGGGAGUUGGCAGACACUGGCUUGGAGCUGCUGCUUGAUGAGGUUUACGACACAGUUUUCUCCGCGGCAGAACCCGCCCGCACCUUCUCAGAGACCGGCGUCUAUCGGAUCCUCCAGAGGCGGUUCCUGGCAGUUCAGCUGGCCACCUCUGGAAAGUUCAGGUGCCCCUCGAGGUGUGAGGCUGAGCGUUUCGCGGCCCUGCGCUACCAGCACCCCUUCGUGCCGUCCUGCACCGCCGACGGGGGCUACGAGCCACUGCAGUGCCAGCAGGGAGGACAGUGCUGGUGUGUGGACACCAAGGGGCAAGAGGUCCCAGGCACAAAGAGACGAGGACAACCCCCAGCCUGUGAAGAACAAGGGUGCAUCUCUGAGAGGCGACGGGCCUUGACGAGGCUCUUUUAUGGCCCUGCUGGGUACUUCAGUCAGUCCAGUUUGUUUUCCACACCAGAUAAGCAGACGGAAAAAACAGCUGGCUUUUCAAGACCCUGCCCUCCUUCCUUCAAGGAGCUGUUUCUGGGCUCUGGAUUGUCAUCCCCAGUUGCACAAAGCCCAUUUGUCAGCCAGACAUCUGGGUUGGAAACUACCCUUAGUGAAGCCAUCAUGGGGAUGUUCCCGUCAAGGGAGCUGGCUCAAGUGGCACUACAAUUUACUGCCAAUCCAAAGCGUUUCCAGGAAAACCUCUUCGGAGGAAGGUUCUUGAAGAAUUUGAUCCAGUUUAACUUCACAGGGGCACUUGGCACUAGUGGGAAAUACAGCAUUGGCCAAUUUUUCCAACAGGAGGAUGUGUCGGAGAGGAACAACAGCCAAAGCCCUCUGGAAUCAGCUGAGGCAUUUUCACUGGAGGUAUCAAAGGGGAGUUCCAUUUUGAGUAAACCUCUUGUAGGCAGCUUUGGCCGCAUAGUAACUCUACAGGACAAUCAGAACACGAUGAAAUUCCUUUCCUCUGUUCUAGAACUGCCAGAGUUCUUUACUUUUCUUCAACAAGUGAUUUCUGUCCCCAAAAACGUUGCUGAAGAUUUAGGUGAAGUGGUGAAACUAGCAUUGGGAUCCAAAGACUGUGGUGAGGAGCCAAGGGAUCUGUUUGUUCCAACAUGCACCAAGGAAGGGAGAUAUGAAGAAGUUCAGUGCUAUGCAGGAGAGUGCUGGUGCUUGGACACUUCAGGUAAGGAAAUUCCAGGCUCAAGACUUCCAGGCAAACGUCCAAGGUGUCCCACUGAUUGUGAGAAGCAAAGGAGAAACCUGCAAAACCUGAAGCAAAGUCUGCCUGCGGGAUCAGACCUUUUUAUUCCCUCUUGUACCGAGGAUGGAGACUUUCUGCCACUCCAGUGUUAUGGAACAAAUUGCUUCUGUGUUGAUUUGAAUGGCAAGACUAUUCCAGGAAUAAGGGGAAAAGCUGGAAAACCAAUGAAAUGCCCAAGUGCUUGCCAAGUAAAAGCUGGUCAGGAGUUUCUAAAGGCUGCAAAGCUCCUGUUGUCAGAUCCAGGUGCUGUGUCCCAGCUCUCCAGCAUUUACCUCCCACAGUGUGAUGCAGAGGGCGCCUGGAGGCAGGUGCAGUGCAGUGGCCCUCCCGAGCAAGCCUUUGAGUGGUACGAAAGGUGGAUUGCAGAGAACAACGAGGGCAAACCCCUGCCCGUUGCUGAUCUAUUGAACAUCGUAUCUGGAUAUAAAGAGGCAUCAUCUAAAGGCUUUUCAGCUUUUGCUAAAGCUUUGUAUGAGGCUGGGCACCAGAAUGUCUUUCCCGCAUUUGCCAUGUAUUCCUCCUUCACGGAUCUCCCACCUGAAGUGCUGGAGGGAAACUUGACCAGUGGAUCUCAGAGCAUUUUGCUGGAUCCAUAUACUUUCUGGCAGCUUCUGAAUGAGCAGCUGACAUACUACCCAGGACCCUAUACUGAUUUCAGUGCUCCAUUAGGCCACUUUGAACUUCGUGAUUGUUGGUGUGUUGAUAGCAAAGGAGAAGAGCUGCAAGGAACAAAGGCAGGAGUGAACCAGGUUCCUGCAUGUCCUGGUAUAUGUGAAGGUGUGAAGCAGAAAGCCAUGAAAUUCAUGGAGGAGGCAGAGCAGUUAAUCUUAGCCUCAAAUGAGUCCCACUUUGGUUUUGGAGAGAGCUUCUUGAUGGCAAAAGGGAUACAGCUCACAGACAGGGACCUCCUGCGCUCUGCUCGGCCCUAUGAGUCACAGGUGCUGGACUCCCAAAAACUGCUCUCAGGCAGUGACUCUGCUGUCCAGCUGGCUGCAUGGUCAGUCCUGCGCUUCUAUUGGCAGACUCACUUUUCUUCAAAAGGUUCUGCUGGGGAAGCAGCACAGCUGGGAUUUCUCCCUUACAUCCCACAGUGUGAUGGCCUGGGAAACUGGGAGCCAACUCAGUGCUAUGAGAGCACAGGUCAUUGCUGGUGCGUGGAUGAGAGAGGACGUUAUGUCAUGGAUUCCUUGGUCUCACGCUCAGCAGAACUUCCCAAAUGCCAGACUUCAUGUCAGCGAUCUCAAACCAAUGCAUUAAUUUCCAGCUGGAGACAGAGCGGCUCAAAGGUGGAUGUGUCUGCAGCUGAUCUAUUCAUCCCCAACUGCCUUGAGACAGGCGAAUACGCUGUGCUACAGAGAUCUGACACAGGUAUUUGGUGUGUGAAUCCUGCGUCAGGAGAAAUAUUUCAGCGUGGCAGCAAAGCCUUGGAUGGCAAUCCUGAGUGUCCCAGUUUCUGUAAUAUGCUGAAGUCUAAAGCUGUUUCACGAGACUCUGCCAAAGGCUACAUCCCACAGUGUGAAGGGGAGGACGGGAGUUUCUCACCUGUGCAGUGCAGCCAGGAUCAGGAGAGCUGCUGGUGUGUCUUUGACAAUGGAGAGGAGGUGCCAGGGACACAAGUGAGUGGAGGAAGACCAGCAUGUGCAAGUCCACAGUGUGCUCUGCCCUUCGGUGCCUCGUCUAUUCCCAAUGGAGCUGUACUUUGUGAAAACAUUUCUGGACAAGCUCCAGGUGUCCAGCAGUGCCAGCUGGUGUGUCGUCAGGGCUUCCACAGUGCCUCUUCCAGCACCUCCUUCCAGUGUGAUGUGCAGCAACGGCGGUGGGUCCAGGCUGCCCCACUCCUCCAGGCCUGCCAGAAGCUCCAAUUAUUCCAGACAGUCCAAGCUCAAACACACUUUCAACUACUCCUGCCUCCUGAGAAUACAUGUAGUUCUGACUACUCUGGAUUACUCCAGGCAUUUCAGAUAUUUAUUUUAGAUGAGUUGAAGGCUCGUGGUUUAUGUCACCUUCAGGUAAAUGCAUUUGGGAAUACUGGCUCAGUUUCUGUCUGUGAUGAUUCCACUGUCUAUGUUGAAUGCCUGAGCACAGACCGCCUGGGAGUGAAUGUCACGUGGAGGACUCAGCUGGAAAACAUCCCGACAGCUUCUCUCCCUGACUUACAUGAUAUUGAAAAUGCAAUUGUUGGGGAAAAUCUCAUUGGAGCAUUUAUAAAAGAGAUAAAGGAUGGUGAUUUUCUGCUGCAUUUGGACUCCAAGCAGUUCCUAGCAGAUUCUGUGAUUGAUUUUCCCCGGGAUGAAGCAUUUGAUCUGUCUCCACGUGUGCAGCUAGGAUGUAGAAGUGGGUUUCGAAGAAUUUCAUCUCCUGGGAAAGCAGUCCCAAAAUUGCAAGGAUGUGAAAAUGCAAUUGUUGGGGAAAAUCUCAUUGGAGCAUUUAUAAAAGAGAUAAAGGAUGGUGAUUUUCUGCUGCAUUUGGACUCCAAGCAGUUCCUAGCAGAUUCUGUGAUUGAUUUUCCCCGGGAUGAAGCAUUUGAUCUGUCUCCACGUGUGCAGCUAGGAUGUAGAAGUGGGUUUCGAAGAAUUUCAUCUCCUGGGAAAGCAGUCCCAAAAUUGCAAGGAUGUGUUGUUUGUCCUCCAGGCAGUCAUUUCCAGGGCAAUGAAUGCAUUCCCUGCCCUCUUGGCUACUAUCAGGAUCAGACAGGACGUUCCUCCUGUAUCAAGUGUCCUGUGGGCAAAACUACCAACUCCUAUGGGGCAAUCAGUACUGAUCACUGCAUCACAUAUUGUCAGAGCAAUGAGCAGGGUCUGCAGUGUGAUGAAGAUGGCCAGUAUAGACCUUCCCAGAAAGACCCUGACACUAAGAAAUACUUCUGUGUCAAUAACUUUGGAGCAGCACUGGACUGGCCUGGAACAGAAGAUCUCCUUACAGAUGACCAGUGCAUGGUGCUCAGAAAAUUUGAGAGAGUUCCUGCCUCCCGUCUGAUUUAUGGAUCAGAAGAAACUCAGAUUCUUCAGUCUCAGUCAUUUGGAGGAGACCUGCAAAGUACAUAUUUUCAGUGCAUUUCAGGCUGCGAGAAGGAAGAUGCGUGUGGCUUUGCGACUGUAACUCCUGCUGGUGCUGAAGUUCUCUGUGAAUUAUACAGUACUGCUGAAGUCAACUUCAACUGCACCACCUCUGGAUUAGUACAAGGUGUUUUGGGGAACCCUUCUGCCACUGGCAUUGGUGGCCUCAGCUGCCUGCUUCGUAUCAGGAAUCCAGAAAGAGAUGCACUGAUGGUCUAUUUGAAGAGAGGACAGGAAUUUAACUCAUCUGGACUCAAGGCCUUUGAGAGGACUGGCUUUCAGAACGUGCUGUCUGGCGUGUACCGCUCCGUGGUGCUCUCGGCUGCUGCUGCAUCGCUGACUGACACUCAGCUCCUGUGUCGGCAGCUCUGCAGUGGGGACUCCUGCUGCGACGGCUUCAUCCUGAGCCAGACUGCACUGGAUGGAGGUACCAUUCUGUGUAGUUUGCUGAGCUCCCCAGACGUGCUGAUCUGCGAUGGAAGUGUCUGGAGUCCGACACCAAACUCUGUCAUAGGUGGGAUAUGUAAUGGUGUGAGCUAUGAUGAGAAGGAGAAGACAUUUUCCUUUACCCUGGGAGGACAAGUGUUCAGUGGAACUUCUCAGUUGGUGAAAGAGACUGAAAGAAAUUUUACUACCUUUCAGCAAGUUUACCUGUGGAGAGAUUCUGAUAUGGCCACCCGGACUAAAACCUCCGCGUGUGGUGCUUCUGCUGCUUUGAAGACAGAGAAUGACUUAGCAUUGUCAGAUGCCACAAAGGAUCUUUUCUACCUAAUGGACAACAGCCAAGUACAAAGUGACCAGAACUAUUCUCUCCCUUACCAGCAGUAUUGGAUCUUCAGUCAGAAAUACUCAGCUGAGGAAGCUGUGCUUUGGUGUCUCACACGCUGUGCCCAAGAAGAUGAGUUUUGCCGAAUGGUAGAUCUUCAAAACACCACAGACAAAUACUUUGUGUGUACCCUCUAUCCAGAGGCACAGAUUUGUGACAGCAGCAUUGAUCAAACACUAGGGAACUGUCCAACUGUGCUACCCCGGCAACCACAGACACUGUAUCGUAAAAUAGUCACUCUUCAAAGUUCAGUGAAGAGCUUCUACACACGUGUGCCAUUCCAGAAAGUAACAGGAAUCUCAAUGAGGAAUAAGACUGACAUGAGCAGAAAACCUGUUUCAGACGGGUUUUUUGCGUGUGAGCGUUGGUGUGAUGCUGACCCGUGUUGCACAGGAUUUGGCUUUUUUAAUAACUCCCAGCUGUCAGGUGGAAAGAUCGUGUGCGUGACUCUGAACAGCCUUGGAAUCCAGACAUGUGCUGAGGAAACAAGAAGUGCUUGGCACAUUUCAAAUUGUAAUUCACCAGAUGCUGAAGUCAGAAUACACCCAUUUGGCUGGUAUCAGAAGCCUGCUGACUUGAAGAGCACCAUGCCUGACCUCUGUCCACUUGUUAGUUUGCCUCUCAGGCCAGAAAGUGCAGAGCUUUUGGAUGUAUGGCAACCCUUAAAUAUAUCCUCUGUUCUUGUGGAUUCAUCCAUCUCAAACUUUGAAGUUGUGCAAGUUAGUAGAGACAUAUCCAAUGACUUCUCCACUACCAGAGACUUUUGCCUAUCUGCUUGUUCAAAGAACCAGUCAUGUACAGUGGUUACACUAGAAAUCCAGCCUUCAGCAAUAAGAUGCGUUUUCUACCCUGAUACACAGAUCUGCACACACAGCCUGCAAGGACACAGCUGCCGGGUUUUACUCAAAGAACCUGCUGCCUAUAUCUACAGGAGACAAGAUUUAUUCCUGCCCAUUUCUGAAUUGGAUUUGACCCCGUCUGUGUACAUCCCGUCACAUGGAAAUCUGGUGGGCAAAUCCCAGGUGAUCCACAUUGGCUCAGAAUGGAGAAAUAUCAGCCAGUUCCUGGGGGUCCCAUAUGCUGCCCCUCCCCUUGCAGAGAGGCGCUUCAAUCCUCCAGAGCCCUCUGCUUGGGUGGAAACCUGGAAUGCCACAGUGGCUCGGGCAGCGUGUUGGCAACCAGGAGAUGGAGAGGCCCCACCACAGUCUGUCAGUGAAGACUGCCUGUAUCUGAACAUCUUUGUUCCUGCCACCUCUGUCAAAAAUAUGUCUGUGUUGCUGUUCUUCCACAAUGGAGGGAGUUACAGUGCUGAGGAGGGAAAGACAACCCUAGAUGGAUCCUACCUCGCUGCCAUCGGUAACGUCAUUGUCGUGACUGCAAACUACCGGGUCGGUGUCUUUGGCUUCCUUAGUACUGGUUCUGCUGAGGCGAGUGGGAAUGCUGGACUUUUGGAUCAACUGGCAGCUUUGAAGUGGGUGCAGCAGAACAUUGCUGGCUUUGGAGGAGACCCCAGCAGGGUUUCUUUGGGAGCUGACCGUGGUGGGGCAGAUGUCACCAGCAUUCACCUGCUCACAGAGACAGCGGAUACUGACCUUUUCAGGAGGGUGUUGUUGAUGGGAGGUUCAGCUUUUUCUCCAGCAUCCAUUAUUACCUCAAGAAGAGCACAGACCCAAGCAGCAGUCCUGGCUGAAGAUGUGGGAUGCCCUUCAUCCACCAGUGAGGGAACUGUAGCCUGCCUCCGCCUGUUGCCUGCUCGUGUCCUCAAUGAUGCACAGACUAAGCUGCUAGCUAUAAGUGGCCCAUUCCAGUACUGGGGGCCAGUGGUGGAUGGAAUUUACCUGAAGGAACCUUUAGCCGAAGCCCUGCGGCGCCCUCAGCUUCGGAAAGUAGAUCUGCUCAUUGGAAGUGUUCAGCAAGAUGGGCUCAUCAGCAGAGCUAAAGCAAUUAAGAAAUUUGAAGAAAGUCAAGGAAGAGCCAACAGCAAAACAGCCUUUUAUCAGGCUCUGCAAAAUUCUCUAGGAGGAGAAGAGUCCAACUUGUUCAUUGAAGAUGCAGCUACGUGGUAUUACUCCCUCGAACAUUCAACUGAUGAUUAUUCAUCCUUUUCCAGGGCUUUGGAAAAUGCUACCCGUGACCAGUUUAUCACAUGUCCCAUCAUAAACAUGGCCAGUUACUGGGCUGCUGCCUCUCGAGGAAAUGUCUUCAUGUACCAUGUACCUGAGAGCUCCUCACAGAGCAGCUCAGGUCAGGAGCUCUUGCUGGAUGUUCAGUAUGCAUUUGGUCUACCAUUCUACCCGAAGUAUGAAGAACAAUUUACUCUGGAACAAAAGGGUCUUUCCUUGCAAAUUAUGCAGUAUAUCUCCAAUUUUGUAAACUCUGGAAAUCCAAACUACUUUCAUAGUUUCUCAAGAAGGAUGUCAGGGGUGAUGCCCCUCUGGCCUAUGUAUCUGUCAAGUGAUGAUGGUGAUAACUACAAGGAGUUCACUGUUUCUUUACCAACACUUAAAGGAUUGAAAAAAGCGGACUGUUCCUUUUGGUCUGAUUAUAUCAGAAGGCUGAAAGCAACCACAGGAAGUGCAAGUGAUGGAGAAUCAUCUGGUGAAAACAGCCCUAGUGAAACUCCCAGUGAAGGACUUUCCUCCCUGGAGAGCCAGCCCCUGGGAGAUAAAGUGUCUUACAGCAGAUAGGAAAUCACAGUGCUAUCUGAUGGGUUUGUCACAUGUUGUACAUCCACACAACCAUCUCACACCAAAUGAACAAGCUGCUUCCUUUAGUUAACUUUCUGAACAAGUAAAGUAGACUUCUCAAUAAGGUAGUUUUUCAAGAAAAUUGAUGAAUAUGGCACAAAAUAAACACUACAGCUAUUGUGUAAGGUCAAAAGAAACUGUAAUUUGAAAA